AUGUGCUUCCUCCUCCUCCUCAUCCUCGACGGUGGUCGUGAUGUGGAGUGCCGGCGCCACCGCGAACGGCGGCGCAAGGAUUACACGCUCUUUGUCUUCGGCGACUCGUUCGUGGAUGCCGGAAACCUUGCGAAAUCAUCAGGGCCAGUGAGCAGGGCGUCGCGUGGGUGGUACUACCCCUACGGAAGCUCCGACUCGUCCCAUGCCAACCAAGCAACCGGCCGCCUCUCCGACGGUCUAGUGCAGUCCGAUUACCUGGCACAGAUGCUGGGGAUGGAUGAGUCCCCUCCGGUGUUCAGCUCCCUACCGACUAGGGCUGAGGUUGAGACUGGCGUCAACUUCGCCGUGCCCUUCUCGGGCGUCAUGAACGGGCGGCAGGAGGAGGAGCUGUCGCUGCGCGAGCAGAUCAGCCAGUUUGGUGAGUUUGUAGAUCGCGGAUCCGUCGACGACGACCAGCUAGAGAAUUCAGUCGCGCUUCUCUCAGUCUCCAACGGCCACGACUACUCGCACGCCAGCGACACCACCAGCCAACUCGACGCCUACAUUGAGGACGUGACAGACGGCAUCGUGGAGGGCGUGAAAAGGCUGCAGGGUAUGGGUGUGUCCAAGGUGGUGGUGAACUCGAUGCCCCCGCUGGGCUGCUCGCCGUGGCGCGCCAGACAGUCGGUCGGCUACGCGCAGUGUGACGACGUUGGCAACACGGUCGCCACCACCCACAACACGCUCCUCAGGCGCAAGCUCGAUGGGCUGCAAGACGUCCUCGUCCUCGACCUCUACAGCACCUUCGACACCCUUGCACGAUCCAUGUCUGGCUCCACGCCGUGCUGUGACACCUCGGAGCACAAAGCCUACUGUGGCCAGGUCGACGGCAACGGCAGAGCUCAGUACACCGUGUGCGCCAACCCCGACAAGUCCUUCUACUGGGACAACGAGAACCCUACCCAAGCUGGAUGGGAGGCCGUCAUGGAUCGACUCCAAGCAAACAUCCAGAACUUCCUGGCUGCUGCCUAG